ACCUCACCUACAAACGUUGUGGGCAACAAUUGCAGGAUUAGUUCACUUGCAGAAGUAGUUCGAGUAAGGUGUGCCAAACCUUGAUCACUGUCGCUUUGGAUUGAACAUCAGCAUGGCGUUCCUAAGAUUGAUCUCGUUGGUCUUUGUGGUCAGUCUAGCGGUCCCUCUGGUCCAGCCAGCUAAGAUACACCAAAGCCGACAGCAGUGCUCUCUGGGGCAGGAGGUCUCCCUCAAACCCGAAGGACGACGCGUUAUGAUGGUACCGGUCUACGGAGGCCUCGGGGCGGCGGCCGCGAGGACUUCCUGUAUAUCCCACUCGGCCUCGCCCUUGUUCCUCAACACCCAGGACGAUGCCGAUAUUCUACACAGACUCCUGAAAGACUGCGUGAAAACCGGCCAGCUGAGCAGCGUGUGGGUCCCUGCCCGCCGAAACUUGGAACUGAAGAGAAUCGACAGACCCGACACCCAGUCACGACUAACGGCCACAGGCAACGUCGAAUACGACUGGAUGAGCGCCCACUACAACAGAACAUCCGAUGACAUCACUCUCCUACCCUUCCCGAAGUACAUUCACGAGAGAAAAGGAAUCAUUUGCGUGAAGAGAAAUCAAAAUUAACGAGCAUCAAAUGCUUCAAAAUUUACUCUCAUUUUUCCCCCCAUACGCUAAAACCAUUAGAAAUAAGCUGUACGUUUUCGAAGUGCUGUUAGUGCACGGAUCCAAUGAAGAUAGUAGAUUUAAGAAAGAGUGGAAGUAAUUUUUUUUGUUACAAUUAAUUUAGAGUGAAUGCUAAAAUAGAUAUAAGGUUUUUUCUCCGCAGGAAAUUAGCUGAAACGAUUUGAAUGAAUUCUGAAGUAUAUUAUAGAAUUUACAUUCUUUUUACACAAGAAAAUUCAUUGAAACGAGAUAAAUGAAAUUGUUAUUGCUAUCACUACAGAAGCUGCAAGAGUUGCCACAUGAAAAAAAUUCUCUUCAAUCAUAUUACCACAAAAUUUUAAUGAUUCUCUUAUAUGUCCUAGAGACCUUUCAUAUGGUCGAAAGCAUCCUUAAAUAUAUAACGUAAAAUGAUAAAGAGAAUGUUAAAACAUAUUCUUUAUGAUAUCAUUUUGAGUCCAGAAUCGUUACACAACUUGGGCUUAAAAAAAGUAAGAUUUAGAAGUGGUAAGAGGACUGUGCGAGUGUUCCUGUCCUAGUUUCCUUUCUUCCUUACUUUUCAGUUGUUUUUAUUUUCACUUUAUUUGCACUUCUUUGCUCUUGAGUUCAUCCGGUUUACCCUAAAUCUCCCACUUCCAUUUCUUUAGUCAAAUUAACGUCAUACCUCUUACAUUAUGCAGGCCAUUUUUCAGUUGCUUUGUAAUACUGGUUCAAUUAGUACGUCUUCUCGAAUUGUGACGUCACUGAAUAAUAUAAGUAUCUUAACUUCGCCAGUUAAGUACGUUUUGUAAACAGAAGCUGAGCCAUGCUUUUCAUUUUCCCCAAAACAAAAUUAAAUUAAGAUAAGCUAAAUAGUAGGCAAUCAAAACAAAACCUGUAAAGAACCUUGCGUUGUACAUGACUAAAUCUCGUUUGAGUUCUGGAGUCAGGUUAAAAUCCAAGUAAUGUAGUUUUGUAGUCAUUGGAAAAUGUUAAAUUUUGCAGAGAUACUGGAGAUUGCAACCUCUCUCAUCAGCCUGUUGUAAGAGUUUUCGAUAACGCAAUAAUUUAUGCAGCUUCUUCUCUCUUGGGGCUAACCUAGAUAAAAUGUUCAGGAUAAACAAGUGAAUUUUGAUGCUCAACUAUUUCGUAAAAAAGAAAGAAAAACUUAACGAUUUCGUUUAAUGCAGCUCAUCGUAUCCCAUUUCUCUGGUUGAAAAAGCCAUUGCUACAUAGGAGUUAAUGAGUGCUUUGUGCAAAAUCUAUUCACUGGUAAAGAAAUGGACCACUGACAUUUAAAUAAUGUAAAUCUCAUGGUUUUGCGAGAAUCAAACUAUUUAUAGAAAUGGUAAUUUCUUUUCUGAGGAUGAUUUUAUGAUUAUCAGUAGAAAUAAUAUUGAAUGAUUACGAGAAACAAAGAUUCCAGAAGAAAGUUUGUCAAUGAAAGAUCCGAGUGCCUGUCAUAAUAUUCUUCAUGGACAAACAUAAUAAUUGAUCAUUGCCGUUGAUCUGUUGUAUGAUGAGUAUUUUUCUUAUUAUUUUUUUUUGUCUUCCUAGUCCAAUAUUAUUGUAUUAAUAUGUAUUUUAUUUCUGUGUAAGAAUGUUUAAGUCUUGAUAUCAGACGAAUGUUGAAACUUCCCUUAGUCUUAUGUCAUGUUUUUGCUCAGGUAAGCUAAAUUACUCAUGAAACUAUUGCUCAUUUUCCCCCAAAAAUGUCUUUCUAACUUUUCAGGCCUUUCUUUUUUCGGCCGUUUUCGUUGUUAUUUUCAGUUUUUUUCUUUUACUUUUUUUUCUCACAUGUUUCUAUCUCUAUAUCCGCUUUUCCAGAAGUUCUUCGUUUCUUUUUAUAGCAUUUUAUCUUUCUUUCUCGGCUCUUAACUUCUCCUUUUUGCAGAACAUUAAUUUUCCCUUUUUCCAGAAUUUUCAAGAUCAUAUCAAAUAGAUUUCAAUGCCUACUUACGUUCAGAAAUGGUUCGUUUGUCUUUAAAAUUUGGAAAAAAAAAAUCUUCUGCCACUAAAAAUACAGCAUAUUAAUAUUUCAAUUCCUCCAUAACUUCGGACUCUGAGAUUCAUCAUCUCAUAUUAACCUAUAAAAUAAAUUUUUAUAUUCUAUAAUAUAAUUCUUCGUUUUCAAAAAAGGCCUACUAGGUCGAACACUUUGGGUUCUUAAUUUUGAAUGACUGUUUUCCUAGAUUAUAUCGUACUUCGAGAUUAAAUAAAAAAAAAUUAUAAAACUUAUUAACAACAAUGGAAAAUCGACACAACUCAUUGUGAUAGCUCAGUGGUUGAGUUUCCCCAAUGCUUUUUGUUGUUACCAUUUUCUUUACCUGUUAACCAUUUUCUUUACAUAAGUGGACGCCCCAUUUUCUAAAUAUGGGCGCCUCCCUUUUUCUUUACAUUGUUUAUUUCUAGUUUCAGUGUGCUCACAUUUAUUGUAUUUUUUUCUUUAUUUGAAAUAAUAUCUCACUAAUAAUAAAAAAUAAAAGGUUGGAAUGAAGUUCGACUUAGAUCGGUAGUACGUUUGUGAAAAUAUCUAAUAACAAUAGCAAUAGACUUUACUUUAGAAAAAAAAGUCGGAAAAACUAGUGCUAUAUAUUAAUAUUUUUCAUAUCGGAAUUUGAAUAUUUUAGUAAAGAAGAGCACAGCUUGCAUUUCUGUUGUCUUUGUCUUGUCUUGAUGUUCACUGUAUCUGAUUCCAAAUGAAAGCUGUUUGAUCCUAUGCUAUUUUGCCUUAUGAUGAGAGUCCUAAAAGCUACACUUUAAGAGCACUACAACUAAGGACACGCGUUAACGAGAUGUGGUUAAAUGUAGGCACUGUUCACAUUACUAAAAAUUCUAGGCAAACAUUUCGUCUUUUCACUUUCUGUCUGGUAAGAAAAUAUUGUCUUACGUAAAAGAAAUAACUGUAACACCACGGAGGAACCUUUUCCCGCCUGACCUUUGGGAAAUAUCUUCGUAAUGUCUUUUUCCUCUGAGACUGAAUAUGAGAAAUUUCCUCCUAUGAACUUUUUUCCUCUUUGUAUAUUCUUCUCGCUGCCGUCUCUUUAUCUCAUUCUUCAUAUGUUCUAACUACAGUUUUUCUUCCGUUUUGUUUUUGUUGGACGAUUUCAACAUUGAUCUGAUAUCCUGACCUCUGGCUCAUAUUUACCCUACAGUUCUUGUUCGUUUUGAUGUUGUGUACGCGUCUUUGUAUAUAUAAAUAUAUCUAUAUAUCUGUAGAUUGUACUUAACCGUUGUAGUUGGAUAAAGACGUUAUUUUAUUACAAUAAA